AUGGCCUCCACCAGAUCAUUCAUCCUUUUUCUAUUCAUUCAAUUCUUCUUCUCAUUUCUAGCCUUCUCAUUCGCGCAAUCCCCUGCCACCGGGUCCACCGAAGGUUACACUAUUUAUGGUCGAGUGAAGAUCCCCAGUGUGGGAACAAAAGAAUAUAUUCUUCCAGGAAAAAUUUCAAAUAUCAAAGUGAUACUCAAUGGUGGUCAAAGAGUUACUUUUCUGCGGCCUGAUGGAUAUUUCUCAUUCCACAAUGUUCCUGCAGGGACACAUCUAAUUGAAGUGGCUGCAAUAGGAUAUUUCUUUUCUCCGGUACGAGUUGAUGUAAGUGCUAGACACCAUGGCAAAAUUCAGGCGGCACUUACAGAAAAUAGGAGGGGACUUAGUGAGUUUGUCUUAGAGCCAUUAAAGGAUGAACAAUAUUACGAGAUUAGGGAGCCAUUCUCUAUUAUGUCCGUUGUGAAAAGUCCAAUGGGUCUGAUGGUUGGAUUUAUGCUGAUUGUUGUCUUCCUCAUGCCCAAAUUGAUGGAGAACAUGGAUCCAGAAGAAAUGAGGCGUGCACAAGAAGAAAUGAGAAGUCAAGGAGUUCCAUCAUUAGCAAGCUUGUUACCUGGUGCUGCAAGAAGCAACUAG